AAGAAAAGAAAACAAGUUGUCAAUCGCAUUCACAAUGGCUUUAAACACAAAAGAUGGUAUCACCAUACGCAUUAUGACCAAGGAGGAUUAUAAAGAUGUGAAAGCCUUUAUGACGGAUGACUUUUUUCUAUCGGAGCCCUUGUGCCAAUCCUCUGGAGAAAGGGUUCACCAUCAAAACGAGAAGGAAAAUGAUGAAUAUCACCUUUCGAUGAUCGCUCAGGGAACCUGUUUGGUGGCUCUGGAUGAAAACAAUGGUGGUCGACUGGUGGGAUUCGUCCUGGCAGGAGCUCAGUUCCCUGAGGAUGUGGAGAAGCAUCGGAUCGAGGCGGAGGCCAUGGAGAAACACACUUGGGGUCGAAUUUGCGUACUCCUAUCCAAAAUUGAAAUAGAGGCGAAUCUCUUCGAGCGAUUCGGUAUUUCCAAAGUUCUCUAUUCCCACAUUACCAGUGUGGAUACUUCGAUGAGGGGCAAAGGUCUUGGUUCCCGCCUCGCGGAAACCCUGAUGGAAGUGGGUCGAUCCAAGGGAUUCCCCGCAAUGGUGGCCUACUGCACCAGUUUCUACUCUGCCCGGCAGAAGGAGGCCCUCGGGAUGCAGUGCAUCCACUCCCUCGUCUACGCGGACUACAAGGACGAUCAAGGACGACCGAUCUUCACGCCUAAAGCACCUCACAAAAUGGCGCGAGUUAUGGCCAUAAAACUGUGAAAGGUGCUAGUUAAUAACAAGAAAAUAACAAGAUAAUUCAAAGUUAUGCAAUAUAUUCUUCGCCCCCUUAGUUUUGUUAUAAAUUUUGUUUUACACAUUAAAGUAAGAUGAUUUGUUAAAAAACA